ACAAGCAGGAGAGAAAAUCCGAGGGAAAACGCGAGAAAAUUUCUUAGUUUUUGCGGGAAAUCUACAGUUUUGCCUGGGCAUCUUUGUUUUUAGGUACUGGAAAGGGAAUAACUGAAGGGGUUUUAAGGUCUCUCAUAUCUGCGUCCGCAAACGUGAAUGUAGCCUUAAUCUUCCGCUUUUCUUGUACGUCGAUUGAAGCUUGGAGAGAGAAAACGUUGGUGAAAUAUUUGAGUCUGAUUCAUCGUUUGGAUCCAUGGUGGGAAAAUUUCCCAGAAAAUACCUUCUUAUUUGGUUCCCAGGGAUUUUUGGUAAUGUUUCUCCCGUUGGAAAUCUUCGGUCGGGAUUGUUUCUAGGGAAAUCUGAUCAGAUUUCGCCGUGAUAAUGGCUAAUUCAGUAAAGAUAGCUUUGGGGUCGCAAGUCUGGGUAGAAGAUACAGAUGAAGCCUGGAUAGAUGGAGAAGUAGUCGAAGCUAACGAUGAAGAAGUCAAAGUAAACUGCCAAACCAAAACGGUUGUGGCAAAGGUAAAUGCCGUCUACCCCAAGGAUCCUGAGUUUCCUGAGCAUGGCGUGGACGACAUGACAAAGCUUGCUUAUUUGCAUGAACCAGGGGUUCUUCUCAAUCUCAAAUCCCGUUACAAUGCAAACGAAAUAUAUACAUACACAGGGAAUAUACUGAUAGCUGUGAAUCCCUUUAAGAGAUUACCCCACCUAUAUGGAAAUGAGAUAAUGGAACAAUAUAAAGGCUCAGAUUUUGGCGACUUAAGUCCACAUCCUUUUGCAGUUGCUGAUUCUGCAUACAGAAAAAUGAUCAACGAGGGAGUAAGCCAGGCGAUCUUGGUGAGUGGAGAAAGCGGUGCUGGGAAGACAGAGAGCACAAAGAUGCUCAUGCAAUAUCUUGCAUACAUGGGUGGCAAAGCUGAGAGUGAAGGACGAUCUGUAGAACAGCAAGUUUUGGAGUCAAAUCCAGUUUUGGAAGCUUUUGGUAAUGCAAAAACCGUCAGAAACAAUAAUUCAAGUCGUUUUGGUAAAUUUGUGGAGAUUCAGUUCAAUCAUAUGGGGAGAAUCUCAGGAGCUGCUAUUAGAACAUAUUUGCUUGAAAGGUCACGAGUUUGCCAAGUCUCUGAUCCUGAAAGAAACUAUCAUUGCUUUUACAUGCUCUGCGCUGCGCCAGAACAGGAAAUUGAGCGGUAUAAGUUAGGGAAACCAAGCACAUUUCAUUACCUAAAUCAAUCUAAUUGCUAUGAAUUGAGUGCACUUGAUGAUUCCAAGGAGUACCUAGCUACGAGAAAAGCUAUGGACGUUGUUGGGAUUAGUUCCGAAGAGCAGGAUGCAAUCUUCCGGAUAGUUGCUGCUAUCCUUCAUCUAGGAAACAUCGAGUUUGCAAAGGGGGAAGAAUCAGAUGCUGCAGAACCUAAGGAUGAUAAGUCCCGGUUCCAUCUAAACGUGGCUGCAGAACUUUUCAUGUGUGAUGAAAAAGCUCUAGAGGACUCCUUGUGCAAAAGAGUGAUGGUGACUCGUGGUGAAAGCAUUACAAAGUCGCUUGAUCCUGGUAGUGCAGCUCUAAGCAGAGAUGCUCUUGCCAAGAUUGUCUAUUCUAAAUUGUUUGAUUGGCUUGUGACUAAGAUCAAUAAUUCCAUUGGUCAAGACCCAAGUUCAAAAUACAUUAUUGGAGUCCUGGAUAUCUAUGGAUUCGAGAGUUUCAAGACAAACAGUUUUGAACAGUUUUGUAUAAACCUGACAAACGAGAAGCUGCAACAACAUUUCAACCAGCAUGUGUUCAAAAUGGAGCAAGAAGAGUAUACUAAGGAAGAGAUUGACUGGAGUUACAUAGAGUUCAUUGAUAAUCAGGAUGUCCUUGAUCUUAUAGAAAAGAAACCUGGUGGUAUUAUUGCCCUUAUCGAUGAGGCUUGUAUGUUUCCAAGAUCGACGCAUGAUACACUUGCGCAAAAGCUAUACCAGACAUUUAAUAGCCACAAGCGUUUUACCAAACCAAAAUUGGCUCGUACAGACUUUACCAUCUGCCAUUAUGCUGGUGAUGUCACUUAUCAGACUGAACAAUUUUUGGACAAGAACAAAGAUUAUGUUGUUGGAGAACAUCAAUCUCUCAUGAAUUCUUCAGAUUGCUCCUUCGUCUCAUCUUUGUUUCCAAAAUUGCGGGAAGAAUCCUCCAAAACAUCAAAGUUCUCAUCAAUAGGCUCUCAAUUCAAGCAACAACUACAAUCUUUGCUUGAGACGUUGAACACCACAGAGCCGCACUACAUACGCUGUGUUAAACCAAAUAACGUUCUUAAGCCAGAAAUUUUUGAGAACGUUAACGUUCUGCAUCAACUUAGGUGUGGGGGAGUCAUGGAAGCCAUUAGGAUUAGUUGUGCUGGAUAUCCAACUAGAAAGCCUUUCAAUGAAUUUUUAACUAGGUUCCGAAUUUUGGGCCCGGAGGCUACAGAAAGAAGCUUUGACGAAGUCGAUGCUUGCAAAAAGCUACUAGCGAAAGUGGACCUAAAAGGUUUUCAGAUAGGGAAGACAAAGGUGUUUCUUAGGGCAGGUCAGAUGGCAGAACUGGAUGCUCACCGAGCUGAAGUUCUUGGCCAUUCAGCAAGGAUCAUACAGAGGAAAGUCCUUACUUAUCAGUCUCGUAAAAAAUAUAUGUUGUUGCAGUCCGCUUCAACUGAAAUCCAAGCCUUUUGUAGAGGACAUGUUGCACGCCUUCAUUUUGAGGCCAUGAGAAGAGAAGCUGCUUCUAAGAUAAUUCAGAAGCAUGCGCGGACAUAUAUAUGCCAGACAACCUAUAAAAAGCUGUGUAUUUCAGCUAUUUAUGUUCAGACUGGGUUGCGUACAAUGGCUGCACGAGUUGAACUUCAAUACAGGAAGAAGAGAAAAGCAGCAAUCAUUAUUCAAAGUCAAAUCAAAAGAUGCUUGUGUAGUCGGCGGUUUUCAAGAAUGAAGAAAGCAGCCAUCACCACUCAAUGUGGCUGGAGAGUGAAAGUUGCGCGCCGAGAAUUGCGGAAGCUUAAAAUGGCUGCUAAGGAAACAGGAGCUCUCCAAGAUGCGAAGACUAAGUUAGAAAAGGAAUUGGAAGACCUCACUUCAUGCUUAGAGCUUGAGAAACAGAUGAGGAUGGAGCUUGAGGAAGCCAAAUCUCAAGAAGUGGAAGAGUUGCAAGCAGCUUUAAAUGAUAUGCAACUUCAGCUCGGCGAAACUCAAGAAACCAAAAGUGAGGAGAUCUCGAAGUUGCAGUCUGCUUUACAAGACAUGCAAUUGGAAUUCGAAGAACUUGCUAAGGAGCUGGAGAUGACGAAUGAUCUUGCUGCAGAAAAUGAACAUCUCAAGGAGUUGGUGAGCUCAUUACAAAGGAAAAUUGAUGAAUCCGAGACCAAAUAUGAAGAAACAGGUAAGGUAGGUGAAGAGAGGAUAAAACAGGAGGUUCCCGUCAUUGAACAAGAUGUAAUAAUCAAACUCGAAGCUGAAAAUCAACAAUUGAAGGCGUUGGUCAGCUCACUGGAGAAGAAAAUCAAUGCAUUAGACCGAAAACACGACGAAACAAGCUCAAACAUUGCAGAGCAGUUGAAGGAUACAUCUGAUUAUGAGAUUGUGAGUAAUCUUGCAGCUGAGAAUGAACGUCUCAAGGCACUGCUGAGUUCGUUAGAGAAAGAAAAAAAUGAAAACGAUGGGAAUGAUUCAUCAAACGAGCAAAAGGAAGGGACACGCAUGCUGAAAGAAGAGAGAUUAACAGAGGAUGCAUCUGAUGAUAAUGAAAUGACCAACAAGCUUGCUGCUGAAAACAAAGAUUUAUAUAAUCUGGUAGAUUUGUUGGAAAAGAAAAUAGACGACACAGAGAAGAAGUAUGAGGAAGCAAGUAGACUUUGUGAAGAGAGGCUUAAGCAGGUUAUAGACACAGAGACAAAACUGAUAGAGUUAAAAACAUCAAUGCAAAGGCUCGAGGAAAAGGUCUCUGACAUGGAAACAGAAGACAAAAUUCUUCGGCAGCAAGCACUGUUGAAUUCAGCUUCCCGGAAAAUGUCUCCUCAGAUGUCAUUUACAGGACCCCCGCCAAUGGAGAACGGACAUCAUGAACCAUUUGCUCCUAUACCAUCAAGAAGGUUCGGGACAAUGUCUUUUAGACGAUCUCGAAUUGAACGACAACCCCAUGAAUAUGUUGACGUCCUUCUCAAAUUUGUUUCAAAAAAUGUCGGUUUCAGCCAUGGAAAACCUGUUGCAGCAUUUACAAUAUACAAAUGUCUCAUACACUGGAAGCUCUUCGAAGCAGAGAAAACCAGUAUCUUUGAUCGUAUUGUUCCUCUUUUUGGUUCCGCUAUAGAGAAUCCGGAAGAUGAUGAUCAGUUGACCUAUUGGCUAACGAACACAUCUACGCUACUGUUCUUGCUUCAAAGAAGCUUAAAAACGCAUAGCACAACCAGUGCAAGUCCAAGGAAACCUCCUCAGCCGACUUCAUUUUUUGGGAGGAUGACACAGGGUUUCCGGUCACCCUCUUCGGCCAGCCUUUCAGGUGAUGUAGUGCAACAAGUAGAUGCUCGAUAUCCUGCUUUACUUUUCAAGCAGCAGCUUACAGCCUACGUUGAAACGAUAUAUGGAAUAGUUCAAGAGAAUGUAAGGAGAGAACUAGAGCCUGUGCUUUCGUCUUGCAUUAAGGGGCUGAAAGAUGAUUCAUCACAUGAGUCCUCUGCAGAGAGUUUACCAGCUGAGUCCUCUGCAGAGAGUUUACCAGCUGAGUCAUCCGAACCGAAUUCACCAGAAAAGCCAUCUGAAGAGAUCCCACCGGAGAAGAUGUCUGAAGAUAAUUCACCAGCAAAACCAGCUGAAGAUAUUCCGCAGUUAAAUCUAUCUGAAGAGAAUCCACAGGGAACACCAUCUGCAGUGAAUUCACCAGCGAAAACUUGGCAAGACAUCAUUGAUCUUUUGAAUCGGCUUCUCGGCACAUUGAAGAAAAAUUACGUUCCUGUGUUUCUUGCUCAGAAGAUUUUCAUCCAAACAUUCCAAGGCAUCAAUGUUCAAGUCUUUAACAGCCUUCUGCAACGAGAAUUCUGCACAUUCUACGUGGGCAAAAAGGUGGAUGCUUGGUUAAAUGAACUAGAGUCAUGGUGUAGCCAGGCAACUGAAGAGUUUGUAGGAUCUUCGUGGGAUGAACUCAAACACACAAGACAAGCCGUGCUGCUCCUGGUUACAAAACACAAGUCCACUAUUACGUAUGAUGAUCUUACAACUAACAUCUGCCCGGCUCUUAGUACUCAGCAAUUGUAUAGAAUAUGUACCCUCUGCAAAUCUGAUGACCACGAGGGUCAGAAUGUAUCUCCAGACGUAAUUUCCAACUUGAAACUUCUAAUGACUGAUGAAGACGAAGAUAGCCGUUCGUUCUUGUUAGACAAUGAUUCCAGCAUCCCCUUUGCAGCCGACGAAAUCUCCAACUGUAUGCAAGAAAAAGACUUUGCCAAUGUAAAGCCAGCGAUCGAACUCGCUGAUAACCCUAACUUCCACUUUCUAAAGGACUGAGACCUGUUUGGUCCGUUCAUCUAACCGAUUCGACAAUUUAUGGCAACGAAACAAAUUUGUAUAGUAGAGUCACUAGCACAGUUUUACGGUAUGUAGAAUUAAUCUCGAUAGGUUUCGUCGCAUAGGGUUUUCAGAGGGCGUCUUAAUUAAGCUCAGGUGUAGGGCUCUCUCUCUCUUCUUUUGAUUUGAUUCUCUUCAGGGUGGUUAGGUUAAAGACAGCCCAUACUUUACUUG